CAUAACACACGUGCGCGCACACACACACUCACUCACUCACUCACUCACUCACUCACUCUUAUAAAGAGACUGGAAAGCUGAGCUGCGGUAUUUUCAUCUCUCAGGAAUCGGCUGCAGUCAGGAUGGCAGAGAAAAAGAUGUCGUUGAGCCGGAGGAAUCAGCUCAAGAGCUUGCUGCUGCUGAUUGGUCAGGUGUGGCUGGAGAAGGAGGCCAAGGAGGCCGAGGAGGAGAAGAUGAAGCACAUGGAGGAGAACUGCCCCCCCCUCUCCAUCCCUGGAUGCAUGCAGGAGCUCCAGGAGCUGUGCCGGAAACUUCACAAGCAGAUUGAUUUGGUGGACGACGAGCGAUACGACAUGGAGCUCAAAGUAAACAAGACCAACAAGGAGAUUGACGACCUGAAGGUGAAGAUUCAGGAUCUGAAUGGGAAGUUUAAGAAGCCGGCCCUGAAGAAGGUGCGGAUGUCGGCCGACGCCUUGCUGGCCGCUCUGCUGGGCUCCAAACAUAAAGUGUCCAUGGACCUGAGAGCCAACCUGAAGCAGGUUAAGAAGGAAGUCAAAGAGGAGGAGAAGCAAACAGGCGACUGGAGGAAGAACAUCGAAGACAAGGCUGGGAUGGGUGGUAGGAAGAAGAUGUUCGAGACAGAGGCUUAAACAGCAGUGUGUUGUUCUUCUGUUAACUAUAAUUAUUCAUUUCUUGUAUCAUGUGAUUCCAUUUUGUUGGAACUGUGUAUGAAGAAAAAAAAACGUGGUGCUCUUGUGUGUUUCAUGGCAAUAAUUUCAUAAAUCAUGAAAUAUAAAUGGGU